AUGGACGAGUACUUUACGUACAAUCUGAAAGGUACAUUUAGCUUGUCUCUGUUCGAACUGACUCACCUUAAUUAUGUCGAACUCAGUUACAUUGAUUUUAGCGGGAGCCCGAUUCCCGAGUCAAUCUGUUCUCUUGAAAGAUUACGACAUCUCAGUCUUAGUCACUCGAAUUUCGUGGGUUCGAUACCUCUUCAUUUCAAGAACUUGUCCAUGUUGAGACAUCUUGACUUAAGUGGUAAUAACGGCUUAACCAUCACAAACCUCGAGUGGCUGUCCGGUUUUCGGUCACUCGAAUACAUUGACCUCAGCUAUGUUUCGCUCGAGAAGGUUAAGACGUGGCUACAAGCAAUAACCAAUUUGGAAAAUUUGAAAGAGGUACGUUUAUCGGGUUGUGACCUGUCAAAUGAUGUUGUUGUGCCUUCUUCCUCACUCGAUUUCGUUAAUGCUACUUCUGAUUCUCUUCUUGUACUCCUUGACCUCUCUCACAAUAAUAUCGUGUCUUUUAUGCUGAUUUUACGUGAGUUUCGUGACGUGAGCAAGAGCUUAAGUUACCUCGAUUUGUCAUUUAACAGUGAUCGUGAAAAGGUGAUACCCGACGAGUUUGGUAGUUUCGUGUCCCUUUCGUAUCUCAACCUCCAAUAUUGCAACCUUACUGGCAGCAUCUCUUAUGCAUUAUUCGGUAGUCUGACGCGACUUUCUUAUCUCGAUCUCUCAUUCAAUAAUCUUGAAGGUAACAUCCCCAAUGCUUUGUGGAGUCUAAUUUCGAUUGGUCAUCUCGAUCUCUCGUACAAUAAACUCCAAGGCGAGUUUUCUCGACCCUCCGAGGGCAACCCGAAAAAUGUCCGGUACUUAGAUCUCUCCCAUAACAACUUGUCUGGAAAGAUAUCGCAUUUGGUUAUGUGGUUAUGGGAAUCCACCGUGUUAGAGUAUCUUUGUUUGGACGAGAAUCUUUUUACCGGUUCUUUGCCUAACAUGUCGAGAUUCUCAUCUUUGAAGGAAAUUAGGCUUAAAGGUAAUCAACUGAACGGUUCGCUCGGACAUGACAGCUUUAACCUUCCUAGUCUAGAGGUUCUUGACGUGUCCGAAAACAAGUUUUUCGGGCCGAUACCCAAUCUUUCAUCAUGUUUGUCCUUGAGAUUAGUAAGUUUAGAUGGUAACAUGUUUAACGGCACUUUGCCCGAAACAAUCGGCUAUCUUUCGAGUGCCGAAGAAUUGAACCUCAGCCACAAUAACUUAGAAGGAGUAAUAAUCGAAGCCCAUUUUCUUAAUCUCUCCAAGUUGACAACAUUGAACUUGUCUUUCAACUCAAACCUUACUAUAAGAAUCAGCUCUUCAUGGAAUCCUGUCUUUCAGCUGAGUUCACUUACAUUAGCAAGCUGCAAAGUGGGGCCUCUUUUCCCUCGAUGGCUUCGAAACCAAAAACGUGUUAAAAAACUCGACAUCUCUAAUUCUGGAAUAUCCGACUAUAUCCCGGCUUGGUUUUGGAACAACACUGUGCAGAGUGACUCGAUCAAUCUGUCGUAUAAUCACAUUUAUGGUGUUCUACCCGAUUUUUCGUUUACACCAUUAGCAUUAAAUGUAGACUUGAGCUCUAAUGAACUCACCGGUUCAUUACCACCUCUCGGCAACUCUGAACUUUUUAGCAUAAAUUUGUCGAGGAAUAAGUUUUCAGGCACGUUACACAACAUUUGUAAUAAUCUCUCCACAUUAAGUCUUGAUCUUUCGAACAACUUUUUCUCGGGUGAGAUUCCACGUGAUUGUUUCGGAAACUUCUUGAAUGCUGAAAUGCUGAAUCUGGCUAACAACAAUUUCUCCGGAGAGAUUCCGAACUCGAUCGACUCGGAUUGUAACGUUAUAUCAUUACACCUACGGAAUAAUAGUUUCACCGGAGAAAUUCCGAGUUCGUUGAUGAACUGUACAGGAUUGGUUUUUCUUGACCUUGGAGAAAAUAAAUUCACCGGACAAAUACCUGUCUGGCUCGGAGAUAGUCUCCUCCAUUUGUCGGUUCUAAUCUUAAAGUCAAACGAGCUUUAUGGUGCUCUGCCUUCGAGCUUGUGCCGUUUAUCGAACCUUCAAGUCUUGGAUCUUUCUGUUAACAAGAUUUCGGGGACUCUGCCGGAAUGCGUGAACAACUUCACGGUUAUGGCUUCGAAAGACUUUUGGUUUGACGACCCCGAUUAUUUUUUGGACGAUAGGAUUGUUAGUUAUUACCUUAUUUUCGAAAACGCUUACGUGACAUGGAAAAGGAAGAGUGUCGAGUACAAAACCAUCGAGCUGAGUCUGUUGAAAACGAUCGAUCUUUCGAGCAACAAUAUAACCGGAGAAAUCCCGAACGAGAUCACAUGCCUCGUGGGCCUAUUCGGACUUAACCUCUCGGGAAACAACUUGGUCGGCCCAAUUCCAGACGCCAUUGGUCGGUUGGACCUUCUAAACUUUCUCGACUUGUCUAGAAACGAACUCUCGGCCCACAUUCCUCUUUCCCUUUCGCAGCUGAGUUUCCUCGGGAUUUUGGACUUGUCUUUCAACAACCUUUUUGGUAAAAUCCCAUGGGUUGGUCACAUGCAGACUUUCAAAGAAGUCACGUACAAUGGGAAUCCUCUGCUUUGUGGCCCGCCGCUUGUUCAGAAGCCUUGUCCUGAAGAUGAGAUGACACGUAACGGCACGGAUAGCGGCCAAGAGCGCGAGGAUGACAUGUUUUUUAGUAGAGAGUUUUGGCGCGGCUCGUUGCUCGGUUUUGUUAUCGCAUUUUGGGGAGUUUUCGGCAGUUUAUUUCUGAGCAGGCAGUGGUAUAUCGCCAUGUUCAAGAAGUUUGCUGCUGUGGAAGAUUGGUUGUAUGUGAAGAUAUUGGUGAAUGAGAGGCGCCUGCAGAGGUUUUUUUCAUAG